UCAUAGCCCACGCGCAAACUCUUGGACAUAAAACACUCUCAAGAUGUACGGACGACCGUCGCGCGGCGGUGGCCGUGCGCUGCCUUCCUCCGAAGGCGCCAACUUUGUCAGGAACCCUAACCUAUUCUAUGCCCAGAAUCCCAAUGUCUUCCCUAAUGUUGCCUUCCAGAAUCCUUAUGUACAGUUCCAAAAUCCAAUCUUUCCCUUCCAAGACCCCAACUUUCAGUUCCAUGCUCAGCCUACGAGGCCUGUAGGGGCCAUGGAGAUGAUUGACAAGGCAGUCUUGAAGGCCCGUCGCGAAAUUAUAGCUGCUGGAGAUACUGUCUCAGCUUGGAAAGUGUCUCAAGCUGCUCUGGUAAUACUGAAGGCUGACACGUGGGACUCACUGGGUUUCCAAAUGCAGCAAGUGCCCUCCCUUCACCGUCUUAUACUCACCGAAGGAAAGAUUAAUUCCUUCAUCCACUGCUUUGUUGGCGUUCAUAGAAUUACAACAUUGCAUGAUUUGGAAAUUGCAAUAUGCGAUACAGAGGGGGUUGAGCGGUUUGAAGAACUUGAAUUGGGGCCUAUGGUGAAGCAUCCAUUAGUUGUACAUUAUUUUUCUUUGGGUGCAAGCGUGACAGAAGUAUGCAGAAUAACAAGUGAAGAAAUAAUGUCUUUUCUUUUUGAGUUCAUUGAAAGCAACAGACGUAAAAAAAUAGAAAUUGAGGAGUUCUUGGAUUUUAUUGCAAAGAUACAAUCUGUAACAUCCAAGGAAAAGCUUGGUGUGCGAAUCCAGAGCUUGGGAAUGCAUAUCACAUUAUUUCGGCGAGCAAAGGAGUCAGAAGUGACCAGUGUGAAUAAAUAUCUAGAGCUGCAGAGAAGAAGAGCUAUUAAAAGAGCCAGACAUUGUGCUUCUUUAUCCUUACAAAAAAAGCAUAUGGAUGAAAAUUUCAAUACUAUAUCGGAGCGGGUGAAAUCAUUUUCAUCUGCUAAUGAAAUUCAUAUUGGUAAACAUAUAACAUUUGUAUCAUCCUGUUCUGAGGAUGGUGCCAAUGAUGAUGAGGAAUCUGAAGAUGAGCAGGAUGGUAAUGGUGUACAAAAUGAAAAUGUUAAUAGCUCUGAUAGAGUGAGUACCUGUCCUUAUCCAUCAGCGGCUGAAGAAAUUACACGGCUGGAAUAUAGCAAGAGUAUUAAAAAAUGCCAAAGAAAAAGAAAACUCAACAAUAUUCAGAAUCCUGUUACUCGUGCUAAAAAAGAGUGCAAAACAGAAAGGACCCAGCCACCAUGUGAUAGACAAGAGUGGACAACCAAUUGUGGAAAAAAGAAAAAAAAGGAAGGGAAGCAGGCCAGACCUGAUUCAAUUGAUUGCUCAUAUGACAGUGAUUCAAUGAAGAUGUUCAUUACCACUUGGAAGGAAACAUGUCAAACAGACGCUGUGGAUGAGGUGUUUGAUAAGAUGCUUCAGUUUUAUGUAGCACGAAAAAAAUCAAGAACAUCAGCAAGAAAAUUGUUUUCCUCAUACCCAUGUGUCGGAUUGCUUCAUAUUGCUGUGACAUGCAUUAAAAAUGGAAUGUUGGACAGCAUGUGUGACACGUUCCAAAAUACGAGUCGACCAGAAAUAGCAAACAUACGAUCUGAGAAUCAUUCUGAUUUUAUAUCCAAUAAUGUUGAAUCACCAUCAUUGUCACCUAGUAGGAAUGGGCCCAUUCUGCCUCAAAAACUUGUGGAACCUGAGCAUGGUGUCUCAGUUGAGGACAUUGUGGGCAAAAUUUCUGCAUAUCUUGAGGUCGUCAAUGACAGAGUUAGUUCAUCCAAGGAUAAGUUCACUCUCUUGAGGAAACUAUGCAAGCUUGAAUCUUGGAUGACGGAUGAGUUCUCUUGUAAGGGAUUUGAGUCACUUGGCUAUGGGGAUAUUUGGUCAUUCAUGAAAAAACAUAUGCAUGUUUUUUUAAAUGCUUUGCGGAAGAGCUUGAUAAGUGAUAAUCAUCAGAGUCUUCCUCUGAAGGCCUCCAUGCUUGAGCUUCAGCUGGAUGUCUUGAUAUCACAGGCUUUGCACCGUUUAUUGGAUGAUGGAAAGUUAAACUUGCAAAAGGUUUUUGAGUUGCUAGCAAGACAAUUUCCAUUGGUAUGUUUUCAGCAGAUACAUAGUAAUUUGUUGGUAGACUUUGAUGAGAGUAAAAAGGAGAAAGGCACCACAAGCUCAAAUUGCAUAAUAUUUUCUGAAACUUUGUUGAAAGCUGAUGGGUUGAAUAAAAGUGGGACAAAUUACUUAGAAAUUUCUGGUUUGGAAUUUAGUACAGGCAUUAAUGCUUGUUCUCAAAGUCUGUUAACAUCCAAAGAUGUUAUCCAGGUUUUGCUCAAUGCUCCAAUGCUUACAGAUCUAAGAUUAUGGUCUCACUGGGACAUUGCUUUUGCUCCUUCACUUGGCUCUCUUGUUGGUUGGUUAUUGAAAGAGGUUAAUACAAAAGAGUUGUUGUGUUUGGUGACAAAAGGUGGAAAAGUAAUUCGGGUAGAUCAUGCAGCUACGGCAGAUUCUUUCUUAGAAGUUCUUUUGCAAAAAUCUCCUUUUGAAACUGCUGUGAAGCUGACAUCUUUGUUAACUUUAUAUGGGGGUGAACAAAAUUUUCCUGCAGCCCUCCUGAAAUGCUACGCUCGCAAGGCGUUUGAAGUUUUUUCAAGAGAUACUCAGCAUUUGGAUUCAAUUGAUGAUCAAAGUAUGCUAAGUGAAGUAAAUAGUGAUUUACUGAAAAGUAAGAGCAGUCUUGAUAAAUCAAAGGCUGUUGCAUCGAGGUUUAUCAUAGACUGUUUGGACUAUCUACCUCUUGAGUUCUGCCCUUUUGCUGCUGAUAUCUUGCUCUCUGGCUUGCAGCAGUUUGCCAAAGAUGCUGCUUCAGCUGUGCUGGAUGAAUGCAAAAUGAUCAAACACCGUGUCAUGCUUCAUGACAUUGGGUUUUCACUUGGUGUUGUGGAAUGGGUUGAUGAUUACCACAAAUUUUCUGCAUCUGUAUUGGCCACUAGCUUAUCUAUGCAUUCUGAAUGUUCUUACCUACAAGACAUCAUGCCUAAUUUAAACUCCAAUACAAAUUGGUUGCAAGCUGUAUCAACCAUAAGUGCCUCUUCUAAAGUUAAUAUCUCCCCUCAAACAACACAACAUAAUGGUGAUCAGGGAGAAAUGAGUCAAACUAUUAAUGUUGCUUCUGUUGCCGUUAAUUGUUCGGGUGUGGGUCCUACGAAUCAGUUGUAUGACCUCAGUCCAGCCCAAGUUAUCGAAUCUAUAAGGCAGGAAGAAUUUGGUUUGAAUCCAGAUAUUUCAUGUAUUGAAAGUGAAAUGUUGGAUAAGCAACAUGCUCGGUUAGGGAGAGCACUCCAGUGUCUCUCACAUGAGCUGUAUUCCCAGGAUUCACAUUUUCUUUUGGAACUGGUUCAGAACGCUGAUGACAACAUCUACCCUGGAAAUGUUGAGCCCACAUUGACAUUCAUUCUGCAGGAUAGGGGCAUUGUAGUGCUAAAUAAUGAGCAGGGGUUCUCUGCCAAGAACAUCAGAGCACUUUGUGAUGUCGGAAAUUCCACGAAGAAAGGGCUUAGCUCUGGAUAUAUUGGGAAGAAAGGCAUUGGUUUCAAAUCUGUGUUUCGGGUCACUGAUGCACCUGAAAUUCAUUCCAAUGGUUUUAGUAUAAAGUUUGAUAUAACUAAGGGACAGAUAGGUUUUGUUUUGCCAACUCUCAUUCCUCCUUGUGACAUUGACUCUUAUUCUAGACUGGUGGAUGCAGAUACUGACCCCGUCACAUCUAACUGCUGGAAGACAUGCAUUGUCCUCCCUUUUAGAUCAAGCGUGUUGGCAGAUUCUGCUAUGAAUAAUGUUGCAUCAAUGUUUUCUGAUCUUCAUCCAUCGUUGCUUCUUUUUCUUCACCGCCUUCAGUGUAUCAGGUUUCGGAAUAUGCUCAGUAAUUCAUUUUUUGUUAUGAGGAAAGAAGUUGUUGGCGAUGGCAUUGUUAGAGUUUCUUGUGGCAAAGAGAAAAUGGUUUGGCUUGUGGUAUCCCAUAAAUUACGGGCUGAUGUCAUUCGUCCUGAUGUGCAAACAACAGAAGUAUCCAUGGCUUUUACAUUGCAGGAGACAUUUGAUGGAAACUACAUUCCAAUUUUGAACCAACAGCCUGUUUUUUCGUUUCUCCCUCUGAGAAAAUAUGGCCUAAAGUUUAUUAUUCAGGGUGACUUUAUUUUGCCUUCAUCCAGGGAAGAAGUUGAUGGAAAUAGCCCUUGGAAUCAGUGGUUACUCUCUGAAUUUCCUGACCUAUUUGUCACUGCAGAAAGAUCAUUUUGCAAUCUUCCAUGCUUUAGAAAUAAUCCAGGAAAGGGCGUUGCAGCAUAUAUGAGUUUUGUUCCCAUUGUAGGGGAAGUGCAUGGAUUCUUUUCUAGUCUUCCUCAGAUGAUUUUUUCCAGGUUGCGGGUUUCAAACUGUUUGAUUCUAGAUGGCAAUGGGAAUGAGUGGGUUCCUCCUUGCAAAGUUCUGAGAAACUGGACUGAACAGGCUCGCACUCUUUUGCCCGAUAGCUUGCUUCGUAAGCAUCUUGGGCUCGGAUAUUUGCAUAAAGAUAUAGUUUUAUCUGAUUCGUUAGCUAGGGGCCUGGGAGUUGAGGAGUAUGGACCCAAGAUUCUUGCCCAGAUUUUAUCUUCUUUAUGCUGCAAGGAGGAUGGUUUGAAAUCAAUGGGCUUACCUUGGUUAUCAGCAUGGCUAAAUUCCAUGUAUAUGAUGUCACUCCCAAGAGCUGGGCAAAGCUCACCUGAUUCUGGGAUAGGAUCAGACAUAAUAGACAGCCUGAGGAAUGUUCGGUUUAUUCCCCUUUCAGAUGGCACAUUUAGCUCAAUGGAUGAAGGUACUAUUUGGUUGCAUGCUAAUGCAUUUAGCACUGGUACUAAUGACAAUAUUGGUCUGAACAAUUUUCCUUUGGUGUAUGCAAGACUUAGAAUUGUGAAUUCUGCCUUAUUCUCUGAAGAUACUGCUCAUGAAACAUUGUGCUUUCAAGCAUCUAUGGUAGAAAAUACUGCAAGGAUGUUAUACAGAUUUGGUGUCCAACAGUUAUCUGCACAUGAGAUAAUAAAGAUGCACAUUCUUCCCUUUUUAUCUGAUGGGCAACACACUUCAGAACAUGGAGAACUAAUGACUGAUUAUAUUUCUUUCAUGAUGUUCCACCUACAGUCAAACUGCCCCAACUGUCGUCUAGAAAGAGAUCUUAUUGUUGGUGAACUGCGCAACAAAGCUCCCAUUUUAACAAACUAUGGUUACAAGCGAUGUGCAGAGGUUCCAAUCCAUUUCAGCAAAGAAUAUGAAAAUCCUAUUGACAUGAAGCAGUUAGUAACAGGCAUUGGUGUGCAGUGGGUUGAAGUGCAUAAUGUGUAUCUAGAGCAUCCGAUUACAAAUUUGUUGCCUGGAGGAAUUUCAAAGUGGAGAAACUUCUUCAUGGAGUUGGGGAUCACUGAUUGUGUUCAAAUUGUUCAGGUUGAAAAAAGCAUGACAGAUAUAUCUCCCAUAGUUCUACGAAGUAUAACUUGGGAUAAAGAUUUAUUUUCUCGAGAGUUAAAAGUCAAAGAUUGGGAGUCUAAAGAAAUGGUUCAUUUGCUGUCGCAACUAUGUGCUAAUAAUGAUAAAGAGAAGUCUAAGCAUUUUUUGGAGAUCCUUGAUUCAUUAUGGGAUGAUUGUUUCAGUGACAAGGCUGAUGGUGUCUUUUUUAGUUCCAAUGGAGAAAGGAAAGUAUUUGAAUCUUCAUUUGUAAGCAGCCUUCGUGAUUCUCAGUGGAUUGUUUCGAGCAUGGAUGAUGAUCUCCACUUCCCCAAAGAUUUAUUCUUUGAUUGUGAAUCAGUGCGAUCAAUUUUGGGUGCAUCUGCACCUUAUGCUCUUCCAAAGGUGAAGAGUCACAAGUUAGUAAGUGUUAUUGGUUUGAAAACUCAGGCAACAGUUAGUGAUGCCCUGUCUAUUCUUAAGGUUUGGGCAAGAUCUGAAUCAUCUUUUAGAGCCAGUUUAUCUCAAAUGGCUAAGUUCUACACAUUCAUAUGGAAUGGAUUAUCCACUUCUGAGCUGCAUAUUGUGAAUGAUCUAUGUGAUGGUCCUUUCAUAUUUGUCCCACACAUAUGUAUUUCUUGGCCUGAGGAUGCUGUAUCUGGUAUCUUUUUAUCAAGUAAAGAAGUCUAUUGGCAUGAUUCAACUGGUUUCACUGAAAAAAUGAAAGUAGCCGGUCCUCAAUGUUCAGCAGAUGUGACUCAACGUCCUGUUGUUAAAAUGUUAUGUAGUGUGUAUCCUAGCCUCCGUGAUUUUUUUGUGAAAAUGUGCGGAGUUGUUGAGUUUCCCUCUUUUUGUGGUUACCUUCCAAUUUUGCGGCAGUUGUCAGCUGUUGUUUUACCUUCGGAGGCGGCUAAGACUGUUUUUCAGUUGUUUCUGAAGUGGUCUGAAGAAUUGAAAUUAGGUUCGCUUAGCUCCGAAGAUAUUGAAAGUUUGAAAAAUGAACUUCUGCAGAAGGACUUUACAGUGCUCCCCACAGUACAGGAUAAAUGGGUAUCUCUGAAUCCAUCUUUUGGCAUCAUCUGUUGGUGUGAUGAUGAUAUACUGAAGAAGGAAUUCAAGCAUCACCAAAACAUUGACUUUUUACACUUUGGGGAACUUAUCAGCGAAGAAAAGGAGUUGCUUCACUCCAAGGUGUCAGUUCUCAUGCAAAUGUUAGGCAUACCUGCUCUUUCAGAGGUUGUAACUCGUGAAGCAAUAUAUUAUGGCGUGUCUGAUUGUAGUUUUGUUGCUUCUCUAAUCAACUGGGUUCUUCCAUAUGCUCAACGCUAUAUACACAAGAACCACCCUGAAAGAUUUUCUCAGUUCAAGCAAUCUGAAUUUGAAAGCCUGAAAUGUCUAAAAUUAAUUGUUGUAGAGAACCUGUUCUACAGAAAUGUGAUUAAAGGAUGUGGAGUUCCAUCCAAGAAAAGGUUCGAGUGCAACUCUCUUCUACAGGACACCGUAUUGUAUGUUUCUCGAGACUUGGAUUCACACUCUUUGUUUAUGGAGCUUUCUCGUCUCUUUAGUGGUGGGAACCCUGAUCUCCAGUUGGCCAAUUUUCUCCAUAUGCUCACGACCAUGGCGGAAUCAGGCUCAACUGAAGAUCAGACUGAAUUCUUCAUCAUAAACAGCCAGAAAAUACCAAAACUCCCAGAAGGAGAACAUGUUUGGUCCCUUUCAGAGAGUGCAUUUUCAAUGGGAAAUGCAGAUGCAUUGAUGACUAAUUUUGAAUCGGUAACCACCGAGGAGCCAAAUCCAGUCAAGUUCAAAAGGAGACCGGGAAUAAGUUCUAAUUGGCCACCCGCAGACUGGAAAACUGCACCUGGUUUUCCUACUACUGGUGCGCCUAAAUAUAAACCACCCAAGGACAGCAGUGGUUUGCAUACACUUGAGGAUGAGGUGGCAGAAGUCAUGAGGCAUCUCGAAAAGCACCUGCCUGCUCCAGUAGAUAUCAACUUUGAGGGAGUUAUUCAAGAAAUUUCAACACCAAGUGCACUUGGGGUGGUGGGUGCACCAGAUUCUGAAAUCACAGAGGAUAAUAAAUCAUCAGACAUUGGCAUUACCAGUAACACUACACCUGUUGUGGGUAGGUGUCUUGAUUCUUCUCGUGUUGAGACUACACCAGAAGGUUUGGCUUCGGAUUGGAGCGAUAGAGGUCAGCUAUGUCUUGGCACACCAAACAGACAACAAGCAUUGUUAACGGGCAGGCUAGGAGAACUUGUUGCUUUCAAAUAUUUCAUUGGAAUUGUCGGCGAAGGAUUUGUGAAAUGGGUUAAUGAAACAAUGGAGUCCGGAUUGCCUUAUGAUCUUGUAGUGGGAGAUAAAGAAUACAUAGAAGUGAAGUCAACCAAAUAUGUGAGAAAAGAUUGGUUCAGCAUAUCCAUUAGGGAGUGGCAAUUUGCAGUUGAAAAGGGUGAACUUUACAGCAUUGCACAUGUUGUGUUAGCAGCUGAUAAUACUGCCACAGUCACUAUAUACAAAAACCCUGCCAGACUCGUCCAGCUUUGUAAGCUGCAAUUGGCCCUUACAAUCCAUUAAUAUCUUUUUCUUGGAUUUUCUUCCGAUUGCCUGAGUUGUUUGGAUCCUUGAGUGGGUCUCAACUUCUCAUCCAAGAAUACCAUCACUAGAAUAUUUGUUACAAAGGUGAAAGGGACAUACAUCUAUGAUGUUGGAUUUUUUUUACAACACUGAAAAGUUCAUCUGGACGUGCCUCAUCGUAUCAAGUUCAGGAACUGAGUGUAUAAUUUAUUUCAUAGCGACAGUGGUAGGAUAUCUUUCUUUUUUUCCUAGAAGGUUCUGUUCAUUGGUGUAAUGUUAAAUAAAUAGAAGAGAUAUUCAUAACCGUUUUUUUCUUGUUACUCCGUAGAAGGCAGUUUUGCAGCACUAUGUACCAGACUACCAGUAUUGUCCAUAUAUGAAAUUUUUAUGGGGAAAAAUAAUUAAAUUACCCCAAACUUUGAUGAGGUGUGAGAUAAGCCCCCAAACUUGCAUAUGUAAUUUAAAUACCCCAAACUUUAUAUAAAAAGUUAUUUUAGCACUAU